AAACAUUUUACUCAAAAAUGAAUUUCCGGAAGCGGAAGUACUUUGGAGUAUUUUGUAGUUGGAGCAGAUUUUCAGUAUCCAUACUAAAAAACCGAACACCCUACUACAUUAAACACUUAGGAUUACCAUGACACAUGCCAGCAACAUAAAUGACAGAUGAAACAGACUUGAGACCUAGUAGAGUAGGUCCAAUGCCAGUGACACGAUUCCAUCCGUAUCAUGGCUUAAACAUCACUCUGGAAAGUGAAGACCAAGUUGCCUGUAGAACAACCAGCUUUGCUCAUGCCUUGACAUUCAGUGAAAAACCCCUGAAACCUGGGGAAGUGUUCUUGGUCGAGAUUGAGAAAAAUGAGAGAGGUUGGAGUGGUCAUUUAAGAAUAGGAUUGACUCAGUUUAAUCCGAGCAACAAAUUUGACUUACCACAAUAUGCAUUACCUGAUUUAGCAAACAUGGGUAGAUCUUGGAUUUCAGCAAUAACAAAAUCAUACAAUAGAACUUACACAGAAAAUGAUGAACAGGGCACAUCAGAACCAUAUCACUCUGUGUUAGGCGAUUCCGAAAUAAUUCAUACACCACAGGGAUCUUUCAACCGAAGCCUUCUGUUGCCCUUGAAUAGACUGAAUAACUGUAGUGGUAUUUGUUCACAUCAUUUUAAACGAGACCAGGAGCCCAUUCUUCCAACGGACAUUGGCAGUCGUAUAGGAAUCAUGUAUCAAAUUGUAGACAAUUUUGCUGAGAUGCACUUUAUAAUCAAUGGGGAGGAUCAGGGCCCAAAUGUGAAGAAUAUUCCUUACCAGGCCGGACCCCUCCAUGCUGUUGUUGAUGUAUAUGGCACCACCAAACAAGUUAGAAUCAUCCAGCUUUAUGGAGUGUCCUCAUUACAGAACGCGUGCAGAGACCUGAUUCUCCAGCGUAUAAGAAAGAAUCACAUAAACAGUCUGCCUUUACCAAACAAAAUCAAGAAGUUCCUGAGAUACGAGUGUGAACUGUGAUAACAUUUUGUGUUGUUUUGUUGAGCAACUUUAAUUGUGAUAUGAGACACAAAUAGUGGCAUAAAUGUUCGAUGAUUUGUUGGUUACAUUUUGGACUUCUGCCAGUUCCCUGAACAUUGUUGAAUUGAAAGUUUUUCUGUGUUUGUGUUAAGCUCAUGUACUUUUUAAGAAAAAAUGUCACGGUGCAAAAACUUUUACCAUGGCCAUAACAUUAAAAUCUGUUAAGACAUUUAAAACACAAACUUUCAUUUUACCAUGGCAAACUGAACAUUUGGUUUAACCAGUAUUUAUUUUGAAAAAAUAAUCAUUUCUCAGAACACAUAUAAUAGCAAGUGGACAGAUAAUCACACAGUUAUCAUGAUAGUCAAUAUUUGUAAGUAUAAAAUAGCAGGAAAAAGUGCUACUAGCAAAUAAGCUACACAUUUACAGAGUUGAGAAAAAAGCAUAAAUGUUUGUUUUUUAAGUCUAUUCUCUAAGUCUGAACAUUUAUAGAAAGGGAUUUUCAUUCACAUAACUUCUGCUUUUAAAAUUGUUAUACACUAAAUGUUGUCAUCUACUUGGUGAUGCUCUUGUUUAAAUGAUUCUGACCUCCACAGAUACCAGUGCUGUUAUUAUUCCAAGACAUUAAUCCUCCAGUUGUAAUGAAUAACUGUUCAGUCAUGAAAAGAAGGUUAUUAUGCCCACCUUCAAAGAAGAGGGGUAUAUUGCUUUGCACAUGUUUGUCGGUCGGUCGGUAGACCAAAGCUUGUCCAAGUGAUAACUUAACAAUCCCUGGACGUAUGGUCACCAAACUUAACAUGAAGGUUGGGCAUGACCAGUAGAUGAACCCUAUUGAUUAUAGAUGUAAUCGGGUCAAAGGUCAAGGUCACAAUGACGUUUAAUGGUAAAAGGAUUUUAAAGCUUGUCCGAGUGAUAACUCAACAAUGCCUAGACCAAUGGUCAUCAAACUUGACAUGGAGGCUGGGCCUGACCAGUAGAUGAUUGAUCAAAGGUUAUUGGGUCAAAGGUCAAGGUCACAGUGACCUUGAAUGCGAAAUUAUUCCUUGACUGAUAAUUCGACAAUGCCUGCACCCAUAGCCCUCAAACUUGACCUGGGGGUUGGGCCUGACAUGGAGAUGACCCCUUUUGAUUUUAGGGGUCAUUGGGUCAAAGGUCACAGUGACCUUGAACACAAAAAGCUUGUCUGUGUGAUAACUUGACAAGCCCUGCACCCAUUACCCUGAAACUUGAUAUUUAAGUUUUGGGUGACCAAUUGAUGACUCCUAUGGAUUUUGAGGUCAAAGGUCAUGGUCAUAACUCAUAUUCAUCAUUAAAAUUUCGUCAUAUUUACUUAUUCCCUGCUGCGAAGAGGAUACAUAGUUAUCUGCAAAUAUCAGUCAUCAUCUGAACAUGAUUAAAAACUGUACCUAAUAUCCUCACACUUUGAAUAGUUAUAAUCUUAAAACUGCCUCAAAGGCAUCUAAUGUCAAUGACAAAUCAGCUGUCAUUUCGGUCCAUGCAUAUUUCAUUCAAUUGUCCAAUUAAUCCUGACAACAUGGCUAUCAGGGUGGGGGCAUAAUGUUUGACAAACAUCUCUUGUUAUCUAUUAUCUUACUAAUCAUGUUGUUGUAUCAUGUUUAUAGUAAUUUGCAAUUAUGACCAACUUGUAUUACUUUAAAUCCAUGAAAAAUAAAGCUUUGCUUCAA